AAGUCAGAAUCCUGAAUCCCUUUUGCCAGUUCUCAAACAAUGGCUCGAUUUCAAACACCGAUUCUCAUAUUCUCCUUCGCCUUCCUUCUCUCCACAAUACUACUCCAUUCUUCAGUAGUUUUCGCCAUUCGCCAUGGCUCGAAAACUUGGGUUUUCUCUUUAUCCCUUCACCAUCCCGAUUCUAAACUGAAUCACACUGCUAUCCAGGGAUUUUCCAGGUUGGAAGGCGACAAAGCCCGAGUCAAUUACAUAAACUCCAGGCUGAGAAAGGCUCUGUUCAAGUCCUCUGACCCGAGGUUUGGAUCCGAAGAGAUCCAGACUCCGAUUGCCAACCAGGGCGGGGCCUAUAUCGCCAGUCUCGGUGUGGGUCAACCCGCAACUGAAUUCAACCUGUUAGCCGAUACGGGCAGUGAGGUCACUUGGCUCCAGUGCGCCCCGUGCACGUCGGGUUGUGAAGGAUCCGUAUUCGACCCGUCUCGCUCCUCUUCGUAUCAGCCUUUAUCCUGUUCUUCCCAGAAGUGCGAUGCAUUACAAGAAGCAAACAAGUGCGGCACUUCCAGUGACGGCGGUUGUAGCUACGCUGUCUCUUACGGAGACCAGUCCUUUUCGAGAGGCGAUUUCAUUACUGAAACAUUGUCGUUCGGAAGAUCCGGUACGGUUCGUAAUGUGGGUAUCGGAUGCGGGCGUGAAAACGGAGGCAAUGUCGCUGAUGGAGGGUUCACGGGGAUACUUGGACUCGGCCCGAGUCCGAUUAGCUUCCCUUCACAAAUCAAAGCAACCUCGUUCUCUUACUGCCUGGUUGAACCCGGUUCCGGUUCAUCUUCCACCCUGGAUUUCAACUCGGUUGCCCCCCGCGACUCGGUUAACGUGGCAUUAAACCGGAACCCGAGUGCGGACGUUUAUUACUACGUCGAACUCUCCGGUAUCACCGUGGGAGAAGACCAGGUUCAAAUCCCGCCAUCCGUUUACAAGAUCGGCAGCGACGGAACCGGAGGAAUCAUCGUUGACUCGGGGACCACGUUGACUUAUUUGGAUUCUGAUGUUUACAGCUCAUUCAUCGACGCCUUCCAGAGGAACGCUCAAAACCUGCCGGGUUCUCCAGUCAGCGUUCAAGGGCUUGAUUCUUGCUAUAAGUUUCCGUCCGGGACUUCCGCUUCUAGCAUUAAAGGUCUGGCCAUGAAGCUUGAAUUUUCCGACGGUCAAACUGUGCCGUUUGGACCGGGAAAUUACUUCAUACAAGUUGACAAUUCUACGUUUUGUUUGGCUUUCCAACCUACGGGGCAGAUUGUGUCAAUCAUUGGGAACGUACUUCAAAGCGGGAUGCGUGUUACUUAUGACCUCGGCAACAGCUUGAUUGGUUUCAGUCCCAAAAAGUGUUAAAUUACUCUAUCUUUGAUUACUAAUUAUUUGUUUUUGGGUUUUAAUUUCAGUUCUAAUAUAUGUGUAUUGUGUAGUUUAUUAUCAAAAAAAGAAAUUGUUCGUGUUUUGUGGAUUGAUGUCGUUUAUAGUUUGGGACUCUUGUGAGUUACUAUGAUUUGUUCCAUGUCCACAUUAGAAGGGUUUGUUGGCUUUCUGUCGUUUUCGAAUAUAUUGAUGAUUUUUUAUGAUUUUAGCUUGCGAAUGGUAAAGCGUAUUACAU